AUGGCCCGGUUCUACUGGGAGUGUUUCCGUGUGGGAGGCGAGAUCCUGCAAGCACUUGCCAUCGGACUGGACUUGGAGGAUGAGAACUAUCUGCUAAAGAAGCAUUCGGGCCACAACAAUCAGCUCCGUCUUUUGCAUUAUCCACCCAUUCCAGCCGAGGCCCUUGAGACCGAACGAGUGGCUCGCUGUCCCGCUCAUACGGACUGGAGCUCCAUUACGCUGCUCUUCCAGGAUGACUGCGGUGGGCUCGAGGUCGAGGACGUUGCCUCUCCGGGAAGGUUUAUUCCUGCCACACCGGUGAAGAAUGCAAUUGUGAUGAAUGUAGGAGAUCUCUUACAGAGAUGGAGCAAUGUCAAUCUUCCACCUCUGGCAGACCGGUUUGCCGGAGAGCAAAGGAUGACCCGCCGACGCUUUUCCAUCCCAUACUUCCUUGCGCCGGACCCGGACUCCGUGAUCGAGUGUAUUCCGUCGUGUCAGACGGCCACCGACCCGGCCAAGUACGAGCCCAUUACGCAGGGCAAUUACAACCGGAUGCGAGCGUCCAUGCAGUAUUAA